AAAUACACACAAUAAUGCCAGCAAUCCUGUCGCGAGUUGCUCCACGCACCUUCAACCUUGUCGGAUCAAGGCUUAUGGCCUCCGCAGCCAGAUUGGAGACAGUACCAAGAGAGGAAAUUCACAAGGAAUACGAUAGAAAGAAGACUUUCUAUCACAGAGACCUUGAAAUUCAACUCGCCGGUCCAACACAACUGAAGACCAAGCCAUUGGACCCAACAAAGCUUAAAUUCGGACACACAUACGCUGAUUACAUGAUGACAUGCGAUUGGGAUGCCGAGAGAGGAUGGCAUCAUCCAAAGAUUGAGCCAAUUGGAGAGCUCAAAAUUCAUCCCGGAGCAAAAGUUCUUCAUUACGCCAGUGAGCUUUUCGAAGGAAUGAAGGCCUACCGUGGUAUUGACAACAAGAUUCGCAUGUUCCGUCCAGAAAUGAACAUGGCUCGUAUGAAGAGAACUGCUCUCCGUGCUGCACUUCCGGAUUUCGACUCAGAGGAGAUGAUCAAUGUACUUACCGAAUUACUUCGUUUGGAUCAAGAAUGGGUGCCAAAUUCAGAUGUAUGCUCAUUGUAUUUGCGUCCAACACUUAUCGGAACAGAUCCAACACUUGGAGUGGGAUGUGCCACCGAAGCUAAGAUGUUCGUUAUCACUGGACCAGUCGGAGCCUACUACUCUACAGGAUUCCAGCCAGUCAGCUUGCUCGCUGAUUCUCGUUUCAUCCGUGCUUUCCCAGGAGGAGUUGGCGCAUACAAGAUGGGAUGCAACUACGCCCCAACAAUCUGGGUCGGAAAGGAGGCCGCCAGCAAAAACUGCCAACAAGUUUUGUGGCUUUAUGGAGAGAACGAAGAUCUUACAGAGGUCGGAACAAUGAACAUUUUCUUGUUCUGGAAGAACGAGGAAGGCGACAUGGAAUUGAUCACGCCACCACUUCAUCGUGGACUCAUCCUUCCAGGAGUCACCAGAGACUCACUUCUUGAGCUUGGGAGAGAAUGGGGAGAGUACAAGGUCACUGAACGCACACUGAACAUGGAAGAAGUCAAGAAAGCUUUGUCAGAGAAGAGACUCUACGAGAUGUUCGGAUCAGGAACUGCUUGCGUUGUUUCACCAGUCGGAAAGAUUCUCUACCACAACAAGGUUACCGAUGAGUACGAGGAGCUUCACAUCCCAACCAUGUCCAGCAAAUUUGGAGUUAUGCAAAAAUUCUACAACACAAUUAAUGACAUUCAGUACGGCCGAAUUAUCAAAGACGGAUGGAUGCGCGACAUUUAAUACACAAUAUAAUACUCCACUUCUGCAUCAAAACCUUUUCAAUAUCCUUCCUUCAAUACUGCAUUUUUAAUACUAACGAUGGGUUCUGUUCAACAAUCUCGGAGUUUUCUCUUCCCCCUCAAUUUGUUUUUUUUUCCUCUACGCAACUGGGAACAACUUAUGAAGUUGGAUUUCUUAUAUGAGCUUUUCCGAAGAGCUAAGCUAACGAUUUUCUGAGUUCAUAUCAGAAUACGUAUACAAGUCAGCUCGGCGUUGAUUAGAUCAUUCGCCUCCUUAUUCCCCUUCACUAAAACUACAACUAGUUUUAUAGACACAUUUAUUGAUUCGAUUUCAAAUGGUAUUUUUUUAAUUUCUUCUCUUCAAUCCCCCUCCCAACUUCCUUCCACCCCCUCAAAAAGCGCUCGUGUCCCGGUUUAUAAAUCAUGCUUCCUGCUACACUUCACCAUGUCAAAUACUCAUAUGAUCAUCUAGAAUAAUUUUUUUUAUGUAUAUGAGAAAGUCGUUGUUAGUUCAAAUGGCUAUUCGAUUGCAUUUCAUGUUUGUUGAUUCAAAACACCUUCUUUUAAUAAAAGUUGAAAACUUU